GUUCGGAUUAAGCCACCAAACGUAAAGGCAAAGGUGGCAACCCUAUAGUAGUAGUGGAAGCUAGCAUGGAGACUGCACCAUGGCAGAAAAGACACCAAAACCACUCCCUGAAACAGCGCGUCUCUCUGUUAUAAUUCUCAGCAGUCAAGGAACCAGUCCAUAACUGGGCAUCACCGGAGGAACGCCAACAGCAGGACCACAACUUCAGUACAAUCACCUAAACAGCCCCGGGCCCACAGCACCAGCAAUCCCACUCAUGGCAGGGGCGCCUAAACCACAUCGGAGUUAAGCCCCGCCCCCUCAGCGCGCGUACUCCCCCCCAAUCAUCCUUCUGUGCGCGCUCCCGAAGCUGAUGCUGGUGCUAGGGGGAAACCGGAGAGCGAAAGGCCCCGGUCAGACAUACCCGGAGUGAAGACGCGGGUCGGAUCACUUUGACCCUGUCAUCCAUCCCAAUGCCUGUUUACCCUGUGUUCAGCUUGUGUAGUGCAAGGUGUGAAUGAUAUCCAUUGAGGCCGAACCUGUAUUCCUGUUGCUACUAGGGAAGUGUCCUUGAUGCGAGAGCUAUACUACGUGGACCAUGUAUGGGGUUGGGCUGAAAGUGGCCCCCAGGAAGCUGAGUCUGGUCCUGUGGGUUCUGAGUGUCACGUCAUGUGUCCUGUCCACUCAUGCACAGGUGUAUUCUCAGACUGUCAACACACACUACGGAAAACUGCGUGGCAUGCGUGUGCCUUUACCAAGCGAAAUCCUGGGUCCUGUGGAUCAGUACCUGGGAGUUCCCUAUGCUGCACCUCCUGUGGGAGAGAAACGUUUCCUCCCACCAGAGCCACCACCCUCCUGGUCCGGAAUUAGGAAUGCCACCCAUUUCUCGCCAGUGUGCCCUCAGAACAUACAAAAUGCAGUACCAGAUAUUAUGAUGCCAGUUUGGUUCACUUCAAACUUGGACACUGUAACAGGGUACUUGCAGGAACAGAGUGAGGAUUGCUUGUAUCUCAAUAUCUAUGUGCCCACAGAGGAUGAUAUCCGGGACACUGGAGCCAAGCCAGUCAUGGUUUAUAUACAUGGAGGAUCAUACAUGGAGGGCAGUGGAAACAUGAUCGAUGGCAGUGUACUGGCCAGCUAUGGGAAUGUUGUAGUCAUCACCUUGAAUUAUCGUGUGGGAGUUCUGGGUUUUCUGAGCACUGGAGAUCAGGCAGCUAAGGGAAAUUAUGGACUUUUGGACCAAAUUCAGGCCCUACGAUGGGUAAGCGAGAACGUGGCAUUCUUUGGAGGCGACCCUCACAGGAUUACUGUAUUUGGCUCUGGCAUUGGAGCAUCCUGCGUCAGCCUUCUCACUCUGUCUCACCACUCUGAAGGUCUGUUUCAAAGAGCUAUCAUCCAGAGUGGAUCUGCCUUAUCCAGUUGGGCAGUCAAUUACCAACCAGUGAAAUAUACACGGCUACUUGCUGAAAAGGUAGGUUGUAAUGUGCUGGACACUGUGGACAUGGUAGACUGCCUGCGACAGAAGAGCGCAAAAGAGCUAGUGGAGCAAGAUAUUCAGCCUGCUCGUUAUCAUGUUGCUUUUGGCCCAGUAAUUGAUGGGGAUGUGAUUCCAGAUGACCCUGAAAUCCUCAUGGAACAAGGAGAGUUCCUGAACUAUGACAUAAUGCUAGGGGUCAACCAGGGUGAAGGGCUCAAAUUUGUAGAAAAUGUGGUGGAUGCAGAAGAUGGAGUUUCUGGAAGUGAUUUUGAUUACUCCGUUUCCAACUUUGUGGACAAUCUGUAUGGGUACCCUGAAGGCAAAGAUACACUUCGUGAGACCAUCAAGUUUAUGUACACUGAUUGGGCUGACCGAGACAACCCUGAAACCCGCCGUAAAACUCUGGUUGCUUUGUUCACUGACCAUCAGUGGGUUGAACCAUCAGUUGUGACGGCUGACCUACAUGCCCGCUACGGUUCACCCACAUACUUUUAUGCCUUCUAUCACCAUUGCCAGAGCCUAAUGAAGUCUGCUUGGGCUGAUGCUGCCCAUGGAGAUGAGGUGCCCUAUGUUUUUGGAGUCCCCAUGGUGGGCCCAACAGAUCUGUUCCCUUGUAACUUUUCAAAAAAUGAUGUCAUGCUGAGUGCUGUGGUUAUGACCUACUGGACUAAUUUUGCAAAAACUGGUGAUCCCAAUAAACCUGUGCCACAGGAUACCAAGCUCAUCCACGCCAAGGCAAAUCGAUUUGAGGAAGUGGCAUGGUCAAAAUACAACCCAGGAGAUCAGCUCUAUCUGCACAUAGGCUUAAAACCACGAGUGCGUGAUCACUACAGGGCCACAAAAGUGGCAUUCUGGAAGCAUCUAGUACCACACCUGUACAAUCUACAUGAUAUGUUUCACUACACCUCUACUACUACCAAGGUUCCACCAUCGGACACAACUCAGAACUCUCACAUUACACGUCGGCCCAAGGUCUGGGAAACAAAGCGCCCAGGUGUCUCACCAACCUUUAAUGGCCCAGUUGCCAAGUGGGACCCAGAACUAGAUCCUGUAGACCCUGUGGUAAUCCAGGAUCCACGGGACUACUCAACAGAGUUAAGUGUUACAAUUGCUGUGGGAGCCUCCCUUCUGUUUCUCAAUGUCUUGGCCUUUGCUGCUUUGUACUACCGCAAUGAUAAAAGACGUCAGGACACUCAAAGGCAACCAACCCCACAACGCCCAGCUGUCGCUCGGGAUCCAGCACACAGUCCUCUUCCUCCUGAGGAGCUAAACUCUCUGCAGAUAAAUGCAGGACAUCCUGAAAGUGAAGGCGGGGGUGUCUCCAGCCAUGAUAACCUGCGUCUCCCCACCCUUCCCGAUUAUACACUUACUUUGCGCAGAUCUCCUGAUGACAUCCCACUCAUGACACCUAACACCAUCACCAUGAUCCCCAACUCACUGGUGGGACUGCAAAGCCUUCACCCAUACAACACCUUUUCUGCUGGCUUCAACAACACUGGCCUCCCGCACUCACACUCCACCACUAGAGUAUAGCGUCCCAUUAUGCUGCCCUUCCCCUUGCCCUAACAAAGAGCCACCACAAGAUGUCUGCAGACAAGGGGGAGGGAUAAUAAAACAUUCCAUACCUCCUAAAAGAGGGGGAUAGGUGUGGAAACUUUUCUUCUUAGGGAAAAGUGGCUGCUCAGUUAUAGCCUUCAAAGGAAACACAUGUUCUCUGUUUUUUGCUUCCUAAAGUGCUUUUACCCUUGGGGAGGCACACAGAUGGUAAGAACAUCUCGGCUACUGGUAAAUGUAUAGGUUUGCAGAGAAAUUCAUAAUUGUGUUUUGUGGAAUAAAACUAGCAGGUGAAUUAUAAAGGUCAGGAGGUAAAUAAGCCUGGUAUAACGACUAUUGCCCACUCUUGAUACACCCCAAUAUAAUUUGCCCUCCUUACACCUUUCGAUACUUAAUGAAGUGUGGAGAACAGCUAGUUCAUUUCUUGAUGAAUAUCGGGGUGGGUGGGCGUUGAGUCCAAUUCUUGUAUUUUUUACAUUUAGACCAGAUUUUUUCCAAGAUCUGUGAAAUAGCGUGGCUGUGUUUGGAUGUGCUAGCUGGAAAUCAGUUGGAGUUGGUGUUUCAGAAGAAACAUUUUGUAAUCGUUUCUAAUUCCAUCUGGACACAUAUUCCAGCUGCUUUUAUCCAAAAUGUGCCAAAUUCAUACACCAGCGUUAAGGGGUAUCGUAUAAUAAGACCCCAAAUUCAGGGGAGCCAGGACAACCUCCAACCCUCCCCUCUUCCACUCAGUGCCAAAUACCAGAAAGUAGCCAUCUUAAGCUGAGAGGGAGGUGGGUAUCUAAAUCACAGAGAAGGCUUGCAUACAGGGGACAGACUGGCCUUAACGCUAUGGAGCACGUUUAAUAAUACCAAACCAUGUGCCAAAUUUACAUAAUCAGUUAUAGUGUGGGAGGUGGCAGUAGGUCAAUGCUUUCUUCCUGGUUAUUUUGCAAAUUCGGUUUGAAUACAUACGAUUAGACAGUCAGGAAUGGAUGCAGUGUCUUGUGACAACACAAAGUGAGACUGAGAGAAGCAACGUGGAUUCUUCUGCUACCAUGUGUAAAAUAUACAGGCGAUGUGUGCACAGUUUCUAGAAUAAUAUGUUUUUAAAUACAGUAAUUAUUGGCCAUCAUAGUAGUGCUCACACAGACUGUUUAUUAUGUAUACACACAAUGCAAAGCUCCACGGUUGUUGCUCUAAACAUGUCUGCAUUAAGGUAUGAGUAUUACUCUGUCUUUGAAUGUAUAUGAAUGGAUCUGUGUAUGCGUGUUUCCAUGUACCUGUGGUGUGUGCUUUUGCACACCCUUACAUAUACACGCAAGUGCACAUGAUCACUAAUAACGGUUGUAGAUAUUACUAACAUAGGUUUUUGCCUCCCUCCUCCCCCUGGGGCCUCCAACAAUCGUUUCAGCUUUUCUAUCAUUUUCCAUGAUUUUUUAGAUAUGGAUUUUGUGAUGCAGAGAGACGCCAUAGGGUUAAGUGAAAGUUUUGUGACACAAAAGAACACCUGGGGUCAGUAUUUAUAGAAUUUAUUUAUACUGUAUCACAGGAAGUAGAAAAAAAAGAAUUCCAAAUAAAGAAAAUUCAUAUUUUUA